AUGACUUCCGGGCCAUCCUCGCGGCGAGAGGCGCCGUCACCUUCGGCAUCGUUCUACGAUCUCUCGGAUGACGAAGAAGGGGGCUAUAACACCAUCACCCAUGCCUCUGCCACGAAGGGCGUGAAGCUGCUCUUCUCGAAAAGCAAGGUCUAUGUGCAUCCAACGCCCUCGGCCAAAGACAACAUCCCCGGCUUCAUCGCCCUGGUCCAGCAGAAGUGUCCUGCCCUCGCUGACGAGGGCCAGCGACCCACCUCCGCCGACUCCUCGUCCAAGAAGAAAACGAACGCGUCCUCGUAUCUUUUGGCUUGGGUUCCCGAGGCCUCUUUGGCACAGGAUGACCUGAGCACGUACGUGAAGGUGGAUAUGAAGGACGGCGAAUCUCCUCCCAGACAAAGCUACCUGGUCCCUCCUCUCCCUCUUGCAACCACCUUUGACGAAUCCCCGGUCGGACCAUAUGCAUUCUCGCUGCCUCUCUCCAGCAUAUACUCGAUUCACGUACGUCCACCAAGCCUCGGCUGGUGGUAUGGCAGCAUAGUCAUCAACACCCGGGCCGGCUCGAGCCUACCUGCGUUGUUUUUUCACGACUCGGAAUGCGAAAGUACAAUACUUCAGAAGAAAAAAAGAGCCCGGGAGUCAUUCGAUCCAUUCGGAGAGAGCGGUGACCUGUUUUGGGGCGGUGACGAGGUGCUCAAGUGGCUGAAGCGAUAUGUAACCGUCGAGAGGAGCACGGCAGAGCCAUCGAUAUACCUUAUCGACCCAUCCGAAGAAGAUCGUGUGGGCUUCGGUCAAGGCCGUAAGUCACUCGAACAAGCAAGACGCAAGAGUGAAGCAUCAACAUCCAAGAAGAAACCUGAACAGAAGAAACCACCAGGGCCAGGGAUGGAUCCUUUCACAAAGGCCCUGAAAGAGACCAGGUGGAAGAUCCUGGAGCAACUGUCCAAAGUCACAACGUUUACUCGACGCACUGCGGAAGAUCUUGCUAACAACAAGAGUCUCCCUCCUCAAGUGCGACGACUCAUCCAAAACCCCGAGAUUCAGACUCUGCAGGAUGAAUUUGACAGUGCCAAAUUGUACUUGGCGCGAUGGGCCAUGAGCAUUGCUGAGCAGAGCGAGCGUGAGAGAAGACAGAGGAUAUGGACGGCACGAGAUGUGCUGGACUCUGAAGAGACCAGCGUCGGGGAUUUUGAAAUUCUGGACAUGGAGGCUGCCCGGAUGACCUUGACCGACAGCAAGAGGCGCCCUGUCAACAUGCAAGAAUGGAAGUCCUUUUUCGAUUCAAAGGGCAAAUUACAUGUUAUGGUGGAAGAGGUCAAAGAGCGUGUCUUCCACGGCGGUCUGGAUCCUGAGGAUGGUGUGAGGAAAGAGGCAUGGCCUUUCCUCUUAGGAGUGUACGAGUGGGACAGUACAGAAGAGGAACGGCACGCUCUCAUGAACCAGAAACGAGAUGAAUACAUCCAACUGAAAGGCGCUUGGUGGGACAGGAUGAUGGAUGGCGAUGCCACGCCCGAACAGGAGGAGUGGUGGAAGGAGCAAAAAGUCCGAAUUGAAAAGGAUGUGCACCGUACCGACCGUCACAUCCCCCUCUUCGCCGGCGAAGACAUUCCUCAUCCAGACCCGACCUCACCAUUCUUCAACCCCCAUGGACCCGGCACAAAUGUGCAUAUGGAACAGCUGAAAGACAUGCUCCUGACGUAUCUGGAAUACGACACACCUCCCUCCACCACUGCCGCAAACCCGCCACGACCUUCUUCCUCCGCACAACCUCGACGGUACCAGACCCAAAACCCCCAUCCCCAAAAUCUGGGCUAUGUCCAAGGCAUGUCCGACCUCCUGUCGCCCCUCUACGCCGUGUUCCAAGACGACGCGAUCGCCUUCUGGGCCUUUGUGCAGUUCAUGCGCCGGAUGUCGCGAAACUUUGUUCGCUCACAACUGGGCAUGCGUGCCCAACUCAACACCCUCGACCAGCUUGUCCAACUCCUCGAUCCGAAACUAUACCUUCACCUUCAAUCGGCAGACUCCACAAAUUUCUUUUUCUUUUUUAGAAUGUUGCUUGUUUGGUUUAAGAGGGAGUUCGAAUGGUCCGACACUCUCAGGCUCUGGGAGUCAUUGUGGACGGACUACUAUUCCUCCCAAUUUCAUCUUUUCAUUGCCAUGGCGAUUCUCGAAAAGCAUCGCGACGUCAUCAUGGACCAUCUGAAACACUUUGACGAAGUGUUGAAGUACAUAAAUGAGCUGAGUGGGACGAUUGAACUUCCAGAUACUCUGUGGAGAGCCGAGGGUUUGUUCAAAAGGUUCGAGAAGACGGUUGAGACAAUUGACCGGAAAGACGCUUUCCCGCCGCCAAAUGCUGGCCAAACUGAUGCAGAACUGCGACAUAGGAAACCUGGGGAAGCAGCAAGUGCUGGGGAGGAGACGCAUCCGGUCGCUUCAGCUUCAGGCGCCGCAUCGAGCGCCGCGUCAAGCCGGGACCAAAACCCACCUACAAGCCCGGGCAGACGCGGACCUCAGCAGGCAGCAAAGGGAAAAGAGGCUGAAAAGGCCACAGAGAGAGUCAUCACGCCGGAACUGCGGCUCCUGCUCAGUCACAAAAUCGUCACCCUGGACGGCGAGGAUGGAUCAGGCGACGUGGAGAGGACAAGACCGAGUGGACUGAAGGACUGA